ACCAGACUGGAGCGAGCGCAAGAAUGAUGUAGGAGUGGUUUCACUUACCGACCGGAGGAAAACCAUCUCAAAGAAACGCUAUUUCACCCAGCUUUAUCUUCACAAACAAACCGCGCGCUUUCAGAUGUAAUUCACGCGCACUGAACACAUGAACGAGGAAUGACAGAGAAUAAAGUUAGUCGCGUGUCUUCUCGGAUCUCCUGCUAGUGGUUAUUAUUCACACAGCUGGAUGAGCGGCUCUUUGUCCUAGUCUAACUUCUCAUUGCUGGGAUGUGCCGUGAUUGAAGGAUCUGCCCCGCUGUUACACACACAGACUCACACACUCUCGGUCGGAUCACACACACUCCGCUCACCGUCGCCAUGUUGGCCCUCCUGUUGUGCGCUCUGCUGGCUGUCCGCUCUCACGCUCUGAAUGUCCACGUCCCAGAAUCCCCUGUGGUGGCUCUGUUUGGGAUGGACACCGUCCUCAACUGCUCUUUCUCAGGGGCCUCAGAGUUUAACCUGUCUGACCUGAGUGUGUUCUGGCAGCUCUCGGACACGAAGCGCAUCGUACACAGUUAUCGGCAGAGCCAGGAUCAGCUGAUCGACCAAGAUGAGAGAUUCGCCAACCGCACCAGCCUGUAUCCAGAUCAGCUGAUGGCCGGCAACAUCUCGCUCCUGCUGAAGAAAGUGCGCGUCGCGGACGAGGGAAGUUACACGUGUUUCGUCAGAGUGCAGACGUACAGCAGCGGAUCCAUGCUGAUGCAAGUGGCAGCUCCGUUCUCCAAACCCCUGGUCACCUGGGGCACAGAGUCCAACCUGAAGCCCGGCGACGUGGUCGCCCUCACCUGUGUGGCAUAUGGUGGUUAUCCUGAGGCGCAGGUGUUGUGGCAGGACGGCGCGGGACGCAACCUGACGGACAACAUUACCAUCUCACAAGUAGCCAACGAGGAGGGUCUCUUCAGUGUAAAGAGUGUCCUGACCGUCAUUCUGGAGCCCAACAGCACCUACAACUGCCGACUGACCAAUCCACUGCUCGGAGAGGAAGGACAAGCUUCUGUUACCAUCACGGGCCAAAAUCUAGUGUUUCCUCCGGUGGCUCUGUGGGUGACGGUCGGUCUGGCCGUGUGUUUGCUGGGUCUGCUCAUCGCGCUCGCUGCCGUCUGCCGCAGGAAGAUCCAGGAGAGCUGUGAGGAGAUGAGAGCUGAGGAAGAAGCCAAAGAACUUGAGGAAGCCAAAGAACUAGAAGAAGCCAAGUCAGCCGCAACACCUCUGAAGAGCUAAAGUUGGAGACCACAGAUCCAGCAGUCAGCGAGCGACACGAGCACGAACCAUUCCUCCGAUCCAGCAGCGUUUCAUAAGGGAUUUAAACUUGUGUGUUUCACGCAUGGAUAGUAAAACUUUACAUUUUGACAUUUCACUCAAUUUGAUUCCUGUGUGCAUGAGGGAAGCCGCAUGUGGGGUGAAACAGAGCAACGACUGACUGAUUGAUCAUGAAAACCCACCCAUGCGUCGAUUCAUACGCCGAAUUGGACUGAACUAUAAAGGUAUGAGAAGAACCCAGACAGAAAACCUCCCUUUCAUAUUCCCCACUCGUUCCUAAAUAACAUCAAGAGCCUGUCCUCAUUUAUCUCUCCCACCUUUGCUCAUCCUCGAGCGUCUGAGAUGUAUGGCAUGAGAUUGUAAUUGUAUGCAGAACGUGUUAAAGGGGAAAUCUGUUUGAAAAGCAUUGGUUCUGACAAGCUCUCGGCUCCAGCACUGACACCAGCUCUGCAUUAGGACAGAAGCUCCAUGCAACAUCUCUGACCUAAUAGAAAGUGAGUAGCUUAAAAAAGCAGCCGGCGAACCGUCAGCAUCUCAGACGAGGAAGGCGCUGGAUUUCUCUCCUUCCCUCUCUCACUAGCUCCUUACGACCGGCCUAAUUAAUGCCUGCCCGUGAAGUAACUUGUAGCUGUCAGCGUCUGCCUGCUCCGCAAAAAUCCAAUAACUUCAGGGAGCAAUUUAGAUGGAACACCAGCUAAGCUCCUGAAAACUAUGAAUGCUGCAUAUGAGACACGCCCCGCGUCCUGCGCUGAGAUCGCUAGUGUUCAUGUCUGUAACACCACAGCUGGAAUGAAUUGCAGAUUGUAUUUUGAAACUCUGUUUUUUUUUUUUUUAUAUAUAUAUAUAUAUAUAUAUAUAUAUAGGUACAUUGAAUAUAGGUACAUUGAAUAUUGGAUAUAUUUGAAUUUGAAAUGUGCCAAAAAAUAAUUGGAGGCUUUAUUGCAAACAUGUUGUGCCUGUCUUUUAUUACGUAUGUAAAUUAAAAUGGUUCUCACUCUUAGAA